GGCAGCAGGGGAGGAGAAAGAAGCCCAGGAGGCGGCUCCCGCGCUCUCAGGGCCGUGCCACCUGCCCGCUUGCUCGCUGCAGUCGCGCUCACCGUCGCCAACAUGCUGCCGAGACUGGGCGGCCCCGCGCUGCCGCUGCUCCUGCCGCCGCUGCUGCUGCUGCUGCUGGGCGCGGACGUGCGCGCCGAGGUGCUGUUCCGCUGCCCGCCCUGCACGCCGGAGCGCCUGGCCGCCUGCGGGACCCAGCCAGCGGUGUCUGGGGCGCCCUGCGCCGAGCUGGUCCGGGAGCCGGGCUGCGGCUGCUGCUCUGUGUGCGCCCGGCUGGAGGGCGAGGCGUGCGGCGUCUACACCCCGCGCUGCGCCCAGGGGCUGCGCUGCUAUCCCCACCCGGACUCCGAGCUGCCUCUGCAGGCUUUGGUCCUGGGCGCCGGCACUUGCGAGAAGCGCCGCGACGCCGAGUACGGCACCAGCCCCGAGCAGGUUGCAGACAAUGGCGAUGACCACUCCGAGGGAGGCCUGGUUGAGAACCACGUGGUCGGGACCACGAACAUGUUAGGAGGCGGAGGCAGUGCUGGCCGGAAGCCCUUCACGUCGGGCAUGAAGGAGCUGGCGGUGUUACGGGAGAAGGUCACGGAGCAACACCGCCAACUGGGCAAAGGUGGCAAGCAUCACCUCGGCCUGGAGGAGCCCAAGAAGCUUCGGCCCCCACCUGCCAGGACCCCCUGCCAGCAGGAACUGGACCAGGUCCUAGAGCGAAUCUCCACCAUGCGCCUUCCAGAUGAGCGGGGCCCCCUGGAGCACCUCUAUUCCUUGCACAUCCCCAACUGUGACAAGCAUGGCCUGUACAACCUCAAACAGUGCAAGAUGUCUCUGAACGGGCAGCGUGGGGAGUGCUGGUGUGUGAAUCCCAACACCGGGAAGCUGAUCCAGGGAGCCCCCACCAUCCGGGGGGACCCCGAGUGUCAUCGCUUCUACAAUGAGCAGCAGGAGUCUCGCGGGGUACACACCCAGCGGAUGCAGUAGACCACAGCCAGCCCCAUGGCCAGCCGGUGCCUGGCACCCCUGUCCCACCCCCUCUCCAAAGACCUGCAGAGAGGAGAGUGCUUGGGUGGUGGGUGGGGGAGGAUUUCCCAGGAGAUCUGACACAUGUAUUUAUAUUUGGAAAGAGACCAGCACCGAGCUCGGCACACCCCGCCCCCAUGUCCCCCCAGUGCCUUGCCCCUCCCAGCGGGAGAGGCCUGUACCUUCCCUACUCCAGCCCCUGCUGGGGAGGAAGGGGUGGUUGCAGAGGCAGAGCUGGGGUAAAGGUUUGGGAGGGGGGAAACGGAAUUUUUAUUUUUGAACCCCUGUGUCUCUUUUGCUUAAGAUUAAAGGAUGGAAAAAUAAAG